AUGCCCUCACGAUCCAUCUCUCAUCUUUUGAGACAAUAUGGAGGCUCUCCUCUGGUCGAAUUGCCUCCUAUUUUCCUCGCCCCUUCCCUUCAAUUCUCCUUAAGCUAUCCUUCCUUUCAAUGCUCCAAAUUCUCAACCACCCAGGCCAACGGCUUGAAGCGAGAUCUCAACAAACAGCGUGGUGUCUCCGCUAUUCACAGGACCGGCCCGAAACAUAAGCUUUCAGUGUCAAAGUACCCUCUACCACGUCCUGUUAGUCCUAAAGAGCAAGAACAAAGACCUACCAAUCCCAACCAUGGGCUCUGGGGUUUCUUCGGCCCGGACCGAAAAGCUAUUCCAACACCAGAGGAAGAAUAUGCACAUGGGCGAGCUUGGUCAAUUCAAGAACUUCGGCAAAAAUCAUGGGACGACCUUCACUGCCUCUACUGGCUUUGUGUGAAAGAACGCAACAGAAUAGCAACUGCUAAUUAUGAAAGGCAGCGGUUGCAUGCUGGUUUUGGAGAAUUCGAGUCUAAGAAUCGUGACAAAACUGUGCGGAGUACGCAACGAUCCAUCAGACAUGUUCUUCUUGAACGAUGGUAUGCCUGGGAAGACGCGCGAGAACUUUACGAAAGCGGCGCAUAUUCGCCUGCAGAAGAGGAUGUUAUGGAGCAAGAGGAUCAAGAGCAUGAGCCACCGGCGCUAAAUGUGGAUGAAUCUCGAAAUGAGAAACCCGCUACACUUCCUUGA